GUACGCUUGAUUCAGCGUAAAUGUGAUUCGGCGUUCGCUGUGUUCUCCGUAGUCCGUACUCCCUCGAGACAAAUAGUACAAAAAUUAAAAAUCACGAAUACUUCAAGAAGUCAUGGGUGUUGAGGUUCAAACAAUUAAGCCAGGAAAUGGUGGAGCUGGCCCCAAGAAGGGCCAAACAGUGACUGUACAUUACACUGGUACAUUAACUGAUGGCAAGAAAUUUGAUUCGUCACGUGACAGAGGCAAGCCAUUUAAAUUCCGAAUUGGAGAGGGAGAAGUUAUCAAGGGCUGGGAUGAAGGAGUUGCCAAGAUGACCAUUGGAGAGCAAGCUAAGCUGACAUGCACACCCGACUAUGGGUAUGGUGCUCGUGGCUAUCCAGGAGUCAUACCAGCCAAUGCAACCCUCAUCUUUGAUGUGGAGCUUCUCGCCAUCAACUAGUUCACGCACCUUUCUGCUGCGUUGCUGAUGCCUCUGCGUCUUCUUAUUGAAUAUUUUAAUUCCUGGAACUUGCAAGUCAUCAGUAUCAACCAAAACCGUCCAUGGGCUCUAUGACGUGCAAGUAGUGUAGAGAAACACCAUUUAGAGGGUUCUUUGUUGACUAUUCCUGCGACUUGAAAUUAUUUAUUAUUAUUUUUUUGAUGCUGUAUACGUGUGUAAAUCUUUCCUAAGUAAUCAGUAUUACCAUAUGCUUUACUCGUGGUUCGCUUCUACUUUGAAAAUUGUUAAUGCAUGGAUUAUGAGUGGUGCAAUUUAAUAUUAAUUAAUUUGUAUCAUAUUUAACAUCAUUCAUAGUUCAAUCCUAGUUUCAACAACGUAUGGGUCAUCAGCAGCCACGCAGUUUGGAUGAACUGGAGCGUUACUAACAUCUUAUUACUAGACUAGCCCUAAGUUUGCACAUCCUCCCUCGGAGACCAGCUGCUGCGCACUGGUCCCAGGCCUCGUCUGACGCACUCUGGAACUGUUGACUUGUUUUAGAGUCAAUUUAUCGUUUUUCUAAGCUCGUGAAUUUUUAAGUCACUUUUUAAAAGUUCAAAUAUAAAAAGUUGAUAAAUUUGUGGCAAUUUUCGUGACGCAUUUAAACUGAUGCUAGUUAAUUUUGUUGUAUGUUAUUUAGUUCUCUUAAAUUCUUUGCAGAAUUGUUUCUUCUUGUAAACAAUGCCUCUGUCGUAAAAUAACACAUGUAGCAAAUCUUUUGCCCUCGAAA